AUGCUUACUAGAAACUUCAUGUUUGCCUCUAGAGCCCGCUUGGCUUCUUCUGUCCCUAGACUUUCUAUGAACCGUUUCAUCGGUCUGCGAUUCCUCUCAGAUGAAACUCGUUCUGCCAUUGAUCGCGCUGUUGCUUCUGCCCCUGUCGUUCUCUUCAUGAAGGGCACUCCUGAACAACCCAUGUGCGGCUUUUCUCGUAACACCAUUCAGAUUCUCGGCUAUCAAGGCGUUGACCCUCGUAAGUUUGCCGCCUACAAUGUCCUCGAUGACCCCGAACUCCGACAGGGUAUCAAGGAGUACAGCGAAUGGCCUACUAUUCCCCAGCUUUAUAUCAACAAGGAGUUCAUUGGUGGCCACGAUAUUGUUGUCGCUAUGAACGACUCGGGUGAACUUGCUGAGCUCCUUGAAAAGGAGGAUGUUCUUGUUCCUGAAGAGUAA